CGACUCUCGUGAGAGAAGUGCAUCUGCAUCGCUGACUUUUAGAUCGCAGCGGCGCGCACCACACAGACACGCCGUUUUUAUAUUAUUAUACCGAGAUUUUUAAAAGUUUUGGGCCAACCCGGGGCUUUUGACAAGAUAUUUCUUUGUAUCCCGUAUAGUAGCGGACAGUUUUGUGUGCCAUCGGCUCUGUCGUCAUCAUGUUGAACGCUAAGAUACUGCUGGCCCUGGCCAUAUGCGCGCACAGCGCCCUGGCGGCGCCCCAGCUGCGCGCCAUCGCGGUCGGCGGCGGCGGCUCGGACGCCGACAAGAACGCCGUCAUCACGUCGCAGCAGCUCGAGGUCAACUUCGACGGUAACUACGUCAACAACUUCGAGACGAGCAACGGCAUCAGCCAUCAAGAAUCCGGCGCGGCGAAGAACGUCGGGCCCGAGGGACCCUCGAUCGUGUCCCAGGGCGCCACCUCGUACACGGCGCCCAACGGCGAGGUGGUGAGCAUCCAGUUCCAGGCCGACGAGAACGGCUACGUGGCGCAGGGCUCGCACAUCCCCACGGCGCCGCCAAUACCGCCGGAGAUCCUUCGCGCCCUCGAGUGGAACGCGGCUCACCCGGAGGAGGACAGCAUCGACUCCGACAAGCCCGUCAGACCCAUCGGCGGACCGAGAGGUUAAUUCUUCGUCCCACGACCGGAUAUAUAGUAGAGCGUUCGGUUUCGAUGCCAAAACCGUAGACGAUGUAAUGGAACGAAGCCACUUACAGCCAAGAGCCUCGGCUAUAUUGAUUAUCGAUUGUUGAAGAGAACGAGCGAGGACCGACCCGAUCAUCUUCUACGGCUGACCAUUGCGGCACGAACGAGAACACGAUAUAUAUAUAUAUAUCCGCAGCGAGCGCAGCGAUCCCCUUCUUACCUCAACGAACAAACAAAAAAAGAAAAUUAAAGAAUUUAUACAUCUUCGAAUAAUGUAACUGCUAAGCAUUAUUUUUUUUUUAUAACACAAGUCGCGUAUACCGAUUGAAUCCGAGUCGGGCGUUAAUGGCAUGAAAUAACUUUUUACCUCAGAAUACCGCUUAAUUAAUUGAAUCAAAGUUAUUAUAUUAAUGAAUUAUAUAUAAUAUAUAUUUUAUAUUAAAAACACAAAAAAAACAUUUAUACAAUAAUAUCUUUAUAUAAAUCAGAUGAAAACGAGAGAUAUACGCGAGUGCACUGCGAUUUGCACGCGUACACGUCGAUAAUAUUACACGUUGUAAUGACAGAGACUGUACACGCCGAAGUUACCGAUUGAAACGCAUGCGUAUGGUAAUCCACACGAUUGAGCGACGACAAGUAUAUAUGAUUAUUAUUAUUAUUAUUAUUAUUGUAACGGACGCCUCUUUCCUUUUUACGCAAUAUACCAACCGAUAGCGCGGAUAAAUUUUAAAGUCUUCGAUGAACAAAACAAAAAGAAAGAAACUGUGUUAUUGCUUCGUUACGAUGCACUUCGAGGCGUAUAGAAAGAUUAUUUUUUGGAAUGUCUACAUCGAUUUAUAAACAAUAUAUAAACAUUUAUACUCAAUUUGUGAACAGCAUUUACCAUCACUACUGAUAUUGUGAUUUCUACUACUUAUAUGUAAAUAAAGAGUUCCGCCUGAUGA